CAUGCACAAAGAUAAGGAGGACAUCCACGGACAUCGGCGGGAGCAUUCCCCGUACGACCACGCGAUGCCCGACGGAGAAAUGUUCCUGCAGGCACUCAACGGUUUCCUGAUGAUCCUCACGUGCGAGGGUGAAGUGUUCUUCGCCACGCACUCCAUCGAGAGCUACUUAGGCUUCCAUCAGUCAGACAUCGUCCAUCAGUCAGUAUACGAGCUGGUGCAUUCUGAAGAUCGCGAGGAGUUGCAGCGCCAGAUCCUGUGGAACUCGUUCCUGCCGCCUGAAGUCAGUAACCUGAGCCUGCAGGAUGUCCUGCGGCCGGAGCGAGCGCACCUACUGGAGCGGAGCUUCACUGUUAGGUUUAGAUGCUUGCUGGAUAACACUUCAGGGUUUUUGCGACUUGACAUCCGAGGCCGCAUCAAAAUCCUCCACGGGCAGAAUAAGAAGACCGAGGAACCUCCCUUAGCGUUGUUCGCGAUCUGCGCGCCCUUCGGACCUCCGAGCCUCCUCGAAAUCCCUCAGAAGGAGGUCAUGUUCAAGAGCAAACACAAACUCGAUCUCUCUCUAGUCUCCAUGGACCAAAGGGGUAAAAUGCUAUUGGGUUACACGGACGCCGAGCUGGCCAAUAUGGGCGGGUACGACUUGGUACACUACGACGAUUUGGCGUACGUUGCGAGCGCUCAUCAAGAAUUGUUAAAAACAGGUGCUUCCGGGAUGAUCGCAUAUCGCUUCCAGACGAAGGACGGGCAGUGGCAGUGGCUGCAGACCUCCUCUCGGCUCGUCUACAAGAACUCCAAGCCUGACUUCGUUAUUAGUACUCAUCGGCCGCUUAUGGAGGAGGAAGGCCGAGAUUUGCUCGGAAAAAGAACGAUGGACUUCAAAGUGAGCUACCUCGACACUGGCUUAACCAGCCUCUACUUCGAAACGGAACAGCUCUCUGGCUGCGAGACCACCGUCACUACUCCCCCCCGCGCGGCGCGACGGUACAAGACCCAGCUCCGGGACUUCCUCUCCACCUGCAGGAACAAGCGCCGAGUGCCAACCACCCCUGCACCUCCCCCAGUGGACUACCUCGCAGCCGAUGCUGUCGCUGCAGCCUACACUAACCUCAACGGGGCCUACACAGCCUCCUAUGGAGAGUCCCCCAGCCCCUAUCCAUUAUGCCCUCCGUUAGACGACAGAUUCCUUACAGCAGACAACCUUUUCCAUCAAUAUAAACCUUUAUCCUACCAUUAUACUCCGUACGCACCAAAUGGCUUCCUUGAACCAGCGCCUCCGCCUGGGUACGAAGUGGCUCCGACGUACCACAGGCCUCCGUCGCGAGAGUACACGUAUAUAGACAGUAGUGGAAGGUAUAUGAGUCCAGUGGCUGGUCAGGAGCGGAGGUCGCCGAGUGUGGUCCCAGGGCCGAGUCCUGCCGGCUCCAGCGGGUCGGCGGAGCAGGACAGGAUGCAGCAGAACCAGACGACGGAGAUGCCGCGGCAGACGGUGCUCAUGUGGGGCGCUGGUGGUACGGCUCAAGAGGUCCCCGUGGAGUACUCCCCCCCACAGGUUUGGAGAUACCACCCUUCGCACUACCACACCGCUGAGGCGACCCAGUGAAAGCUUGUGCAAUUUUUAGUUCGGUUAGUUUACAAGCUCAAAUCCGGCGUUCUGUAACGUUUCCGCGUCUUGGAUUAUUUUCUAUACGUCCUUUGUAAAUGAAAACUUUGUUACCAGUUUUAAUUUUCUUAAUUUUAUCCUAACGAUACCUCGCUCUGUUGGAUAGUUGUACGUAGGCUGUUUACGAGCAGAUCUUGGUCUUUCAGACUUAAACAGGGUCUUUCCAAUAUCAUUGUAGAUAAUUUUUUAAUUGUAUAUUUAUAAAGAAUUCUAUCCAAAUAUAUUAAAUAGUAGUCCAUUUUAAUUGUAAGUUAUUUUAGACACAACGCAACGCUAAGGAGCCAAUUGCAUUGUGUAGGUCGGCAAUUUUGUUUACCUUUUUAUAAUUGGUGACGAAAGCAUAGCAGUGAACAUAGCUAAGACGCCUUUCUACAAUUGUUUAUGCUAAUAGAAAACAAAAGAAUGACAUAUAUCUUAGCGACAGACUUAUCAGUAAUUCAAAAAAGGAAUGAAAUACUAACAAAAAAUUAUAGUCUAAAUAUCAGCACUAAGAAAUUUUUGUUACUGCCUUAGUAGACAAACGAGCAAGCAAUCCGCAUGAUGGUAAGCAGCAUUAGCUGCCUUUAGCAAUGCUAGAGGUACAGCCAAGCUAUAUUUUUAAUUAUCCAGUUCAAAACAACUUAAAUAAAAAAAAAAAAAAAAAAUUGUUGGCCGAACAUUGUAUAUUGGCUGUCACACACUAGCGCUUAGAAUAUUGUAAAUAAUUAUUAUAGUGAAUGCCUGAGCUUUGUGUCGACAUUUAUAAAAUAAGACAUUUCCAAAACAAGUGUUUAUCACUGCCUAAUGAAUAUGGAACGAAUCAUUUCAGCUUAAGAUAUCUUUUACUUUUAUGUACACCAGGAUACAGCAGGAAUUUUUGUGAAAACAUGUUCAAAUCAUAAAUAUUUUUUCUUUUCAAAUAAAAACUUAUAAACAUUGUACAUGCUUUGAUAAAGACCUUUAUUUCACACCUCAGUUGUCUAUAUAAAUUCUUAUUAGUGUCAUUGCAUUGGGAAAAUCUAUCAGUUUAAAAUAUUAUCAAAAUCUCCGCACAUAUCUAUGAAACAUAUCGAGCACGCAAAGCAAAAUUUUGAUAAAAGCACAUUCUUUUGAUUGUAAAAUUAAUAAUGGAUACUGAAUGUUAAACAAGUAUUACUGAUACAAAAAUAUAAUUAAAUUUGAAGUUGAAUGUUAUUAUUAUUCAACCAACCUUGCCUUCCAAGUUGGCACUGUUUGCAAAAUUUGUUGCCUAAAUACACUGCGAUGGUUGGUCGAACGGUUGGACAGUGUAUGCGUACCAUUACUUUUACACAGAAAAAUAUUAUUUGCGUUUCCUAUAAUAGGGGUAUUACACGGUAGAAAUGUGUUUCCUUGAAUAUAUGUCAA